ACACACACACACACACACACACACACAGAGCAGCAGCAGCAAGCCAAUAGGAUGAAUCUGACGUGUUUGUCAUGAGAUAGUGACUCAUGCAGUAGCUUUCAAUUCCGCUUUUGAACUCUCGACUAGACAGAACUUCGUCGGAAUUUACAGAAUCCUUCUAACUUGUUGAAACUCGCCGAACAAUGACUCCCACCAAGAUAAGCCAGGACGGCUCUCACCGUGACAGCUCAGUGGUUGCAUCUGUCUCAAAUAGCCCCCCAGCACAGAUGCAUAUCAACAAAGGUUCCACCCUAACCCCCUCUGAUGGCUCAGGGGACUCAGCAAGGUGGUCAGCCACUGUGAAGACCCCAGCCUCCGGGACCACCAGAGCCACAGCCAGCCAGGCCAGGGGAGCAGGAGCAAAGACCACAGAUACACGUUACGCCAAAAAGAACAUCCCUACUGUCAGAUAUCAUCCAGAUAUCAUCCUAGAGAAGAAUCCUGAGGCCCAUCAGCAUAGUCAUAGCCCUGUCAAGAGCAGCCAGGUCAGGGAUAAGCCUUUGGUCUCUCCCCCCAGGACCAACCAGGUUGGGGGGAGCUCCAUGGUCUCUCCUCCCAGGACCAACCAGGUUGGGGAGAGCUCCGUGGUCUCUCCUCCCAGGACCAACCAGGUUGGGGGGAGCUCAGUGGUCUCUCCUCCCAGGACCAACCAGGUUGGGGAGAGCUCCGUGGUCUCCUCCCAGGACCAACCAGGUUGGGGGAGCUCCGUGGUCUCUCCUCCCUGGAACAACCAGGUUGGGGGGAGCUCCGUGGUCUCUCCCCCCAGGACCAACCAGGUUGGGGGGAGCUCCGUGGUCUCUCCUCCCAGGACCAACCAGGUUGGGGGGAGCUCCGUGGUCUCUCCUCCCAGGACCAACCAGGUUGGGGAGAGCUCCGUGGUCGCUCCUCCCAGGACCAACCAGGUUGGGGGGAGCUCCGUGGUCUCUCCUCCCUGGAACAACCAGGUUGGGGGGAGCUCCGUGGUCUCUCCCCCCAGGACCAACCAGGUUGGGGGGAGCUCCGUGGUCUCUCCUCCCAGGACCAACCAGGUUGGGGGGAGCUCCGUGGUCUCUCCUCCCAGGACCAACCAGGUUGGGGGGAGCUCCAUGGUCUCUCCCCCCAGGACCAACCAGGUUGGGGGGAGCUCCAUGGUCUCUCCCCCCAGGCCCGAAGCCAUGCCUCUGGGGUUAGGUCAGAAGAUGGAGGGUGGCGUUGUGGAGGCGGUGGAGCUCCAGACCCGGGGCCAGAGAGAGAACCCCAGUUGGUUCGCCUGGCGUCGGAACCGCAUUACAGCGUCCAUCGCUCACAGCCUCGCCCACAGCCGCUUCGUCACUGGCCAGAGCCAGACCCCGCCUGCUUCCUAUCUGGCUGCCAUCACCGGCCGUGGCACCAACUUCAAAACCCGCGCCAUGAACUGGGGCAUUGAGCGGGAGGCCGAGGCCGUGCAGAGAUAUCAGAGCCUGAAGAGCAAGGCCCUGGGCCGGGCGGUGAGGGUGCAGGAGUGUGGCCUAUUCAUCGACCCCAAGCGCCCCUGGCUUGCAGGCAGCCCUGACGGCAUUGUAGAGGACCAGAGGACCGGCCAGCGGCUGCUCUGCCUGGAGGUCAAGUGUCCCUACAAGCACCGUCUGAACACUGUAGCCCAGGCCUGUAGAGAGGACCCAGCCUUCUGCCUGACGAUACAGGACCUGGGCGUGGGACAGGUGAGGUACCAUCUGAAACCAGACCACACCUACUACACCCAGAUCCAGUGCCAGCUGGCGGUGACAGGGUUAACCCAGGCUGACCUAGUGGUGUUCACCCUGAAGGAAACAGCCAUCAUCCCUGUGACCUUUGACCCUACGUUCUGGGACGACACGCUGGUCAAGCUGGAGAUGUUCUACACCGACGCUGUCCUGCCCUACGUCAGAGACAACGGACUGGACGUACCAGCCAUGAGGCCAGAGGAGUAGCUAGCACUUAACACACAGGGGGUGGCUAGCUGGUUCAGGAUGUCAGAUAUAGAAGUCCUGAGACAAACUGUAGUUUGUGGUGAAGGACUGGUCUGGGUAGGGUAAGUGGUGAAGGGCAAUUGAGACUGCAUAGAUAAGUGGUGGAGGAACCUUCUGCUUUUGUCAAGGAGGCUUGGAGAUUUGAACCUAUCACUUUACUGUCAAAUAUUUGAAUGUAAAUAAACCAUGCCUGCCUUAAGACAUCUCAGAUACCUGGAGCUGAUUUCAUGUGUGCAGAGAUCAACCUAUGUGAUCAUCAGUUGUGUGGCAGCUGACCGGAACAUAGAGUAGUUGUGCUGGAGAUCGGCUGCUUAAAUGGACACUAGAAGAUUACAUGCUUAAUGAUCGUGAUGCUUUGCUCCAUUAAAACAAGACCAAACCACAUUAUCUGGUCUGGUGACUGAUGUUGUGUACAAGGUACUUGUGAAAAUAAUAUGUAAUUAUGUAAACAGAAUAACAAUGAGACUAACGAGUUAGUCCUUGACCUUUAUUACUGCAUGUGUCACAUAUAAUAAACAACUCUUUAAAAAAAGUGAGCUAUUUACAUCUUACUAAAGGUUUACCAUCUGAUAUACAGUGUACAAAACAUUAUGAACACCUGCAAUAGAUUUAGGUGCCUUUGAAUGGGCUAUGGCAGUAGGUGCCAGGCACACCGGUUUGUGUCAAGAACUGCAACGCUGCUGGGUUUUUCAUGCUCAACAGCAACUCAAUAUUAGGAAGGUGUUCUUAAUGCUAUGAGCACUGUGUACAUAACGUGUUUGGAAGAGUGCCAGGCAUCUAUGCAAUCUGGUUUCAGAGCUGGUCAUGGGUGCACCUCAGCCACGCUCAAGGUCCUAAACGAUAUCUUAACCGCCAUCGAUAAGAAACAUUACUGUGCAGCCGUAUUCAUUGAUCU